AUGAGUUUCUUUCAAGACGCCUGCGGAGUUUCGAUUGGACAUGGCACAGUCAACGCGUUUACAGGAAACCAGACAAACAAUACCUACAAUCACUAUAUUACUGAGCGGCGGAAGAAGAAACGUACGAUAUAUGACGAGUUCCCCGACAUCCAACGCGGAUUUGUCCGCAGACUCAAGGACGUUGAUCACAGAGAUACAUUCACGCAGUGGAAUUCCACAUUACAAGAAUGGGAAAUAGAGUUUAGGGUCGAAAGAACAAUCAGCACCGCAAAAGUCCAUGGCGACAGUUCAUGUUUUACGGUGGUGUCGUAUAAAGGGCAGGAUGCACAAAAGGCAUGGAAAAAGGACUUUCGACAUUUUUCUGAGACCACAAAUACGAUGAAGAUGCAACUGUUUGGGAUCAACUGCUCGAGUGUUCCUCUGCUGAUAUUUCACAGAGAGCUUCUGCCUCUCGCCCAUUUCUGGGAUGGGCUUGGAGGGCUUGGGUGA